AUGCUAAAACUCACGUCGAGCUCGCUGGACAUUGUGCCAUGUCUUUUUCCUACUGAAAAUCUACAUGAUGAGGGGCUCAAAUCAAUCCCACUGGGUCUUUCAGUCUCUGAUUCGAUCAGCAGCGCUGUAUUGCUGCAGGCGUGGGCGGUCGUAUUACGAUACUACGUUGGCAGCGAUAGUGUCGCAUUUGGUCUGAUCGAUGAUAAUGAGCGUUCUGCAAUUUGCUAUGGCGAGAUCCCUGCAUCCACUGAGCUGAAUGCGCUACAAGUCUCAGGGUACUCAGAGGAGCCAACUAGUCUGCCUAUUUCUACGUACAUUGCAUCAAAUCUUGUCAAUACCCUUGUGUGCAGAAACGUGAAUCCCUCUAUGGAUGACCUGAAAAAGACAUUGUGCUCUCUUAUCCUUGUUAUUUCCGAUAAUUCAUCCUUAGCCUACGACUCAAAUACCAUCGGCGAAAAUGUGGCCACCGCAGUGGCUGAGGCUGUGGCCCAUAUGGCCAGUAUAGUCGCAGAUAGACCCCCAAUCAAAAUCGGCGCAGUAGAUCUCUUCAGAGAGGCGUCAUGGUCACAAAUCGAAGAGUGGAAUACCACGCUUCCAGAAAUGUUUGAGGCGUGCUUGCAUGAUCUCAUUGACGAGAAAGCACAAGAAUACCCCGAAGCCAUGGCGCUGGAGUGCUGGGAUGGCUCGGUAACAUACGCACAAUUGGUCGACUAUUCAUCCCGAUUGGCGCACCUUUUGAUCGCCCAGAAAGUUGGUACUGGAGUCAUUGUGCCUGUCUGUUUUGACAAGUCCCUCUGGGCCGUAGUCUCUAUGCUUGGUUGUAUGAAGGCUGGUGGCGCAUUCGUUUGUAUUGACCCGGCGCAACCAAUAGACCGUGUGCAAACGAUUAUACAUGAAGUUGAUGCGAAAGUCGCACUAGCAGCUCCAUCUCAUCGAGAUAUGAUAGGCAGCUUGGUAGAGGAAGUCAUUUCGGUCGACGCAGAUAUUAUCCUCGGUCUUACUUCUUCCUCCGAUGUUCCUCCCCGUGCCACCCCUGGCGAUACAGCAUUUUUAGUAUUCACUAGCGGAAGUACUGGCAAGCCAAAAGGCGUAGUGCAAGAGCACCGCGCCGUCUGCUCCAGUGCUAAGCGACACGCUGCUGACUUGAACAUUACCAGCGACACCCGUACCUUUCAAUUUGCAACCUAUACCUUUAUCAUUAGCACCUUUGAGAUAUUUACACCCUUGACACAAGGUGGAUGUGUCUGUAUACCUUCCAAGGAGGAUAGACUGGGACGAAUAGCCGGCGCAAUGCGCGACUUGAAGACAAAUUGGGCGUGCUUUACCCCGUCAUUCCUACGAUCAAUUAAGCCUGAUGAUAUUCCGCAACUCCAGACCCUUGUCUUGGCUGGAGAACCAAUUCAACAAGACAAUCUGGAUACUUGGCGCAGCAAGGUAAAUAUGUUGAAUAUGUACGGUGCCUCAGAGGCUUCCGUGUGUGUGACUGGGGACUUGUCAGGCGCUGUCGAACGGUCGACGAUCGGAACCGCGACUGGCUGCGUGACUUGGAUUGUGGAUGUGACAGAUCACGAUCGGCUCGCUCCAAUUGGAGCAGUUGGUGAAUUGGUCAUCGAGGGACCGAUCAUCAGUCGUGAAUACUUCCACCAACCUGAAUUGACGGCUAGGAUUUUCGUUUCUGACACCUUGUGGCUGAGGAAGAUGCGUGGCACAACAUCACCAUCGCGCGCAUACAAGACCGGAGACUUGGUCCGAUAUGGUACUGAUGGUCGCAUCAAUUUGGUGGGUCGAAAAGACAUGCAAAUCAAGCUUAGGGGUCAGCGAAUUGAGCUAGAAGAAGUUGAAUUUCACCUUCGACAAGCACUUCCUCAUGGUACCGAGGUCGCGGUCAGCCUUGUUACGCCCGUGGACCAGACUGAUCGGCCUAUGCUCGCUGCAUUCGUUUCCUUGAAGAAGGCAUUUGGCGAUAAAUUUUAUCCUGUUAAUGAGGAUUUUGCUCAGCAGCUUGAAUCAAGACUGACAGGAUGGAAAGCCAAACUAGCCGGCACAGUCCCAGGCUAUAUGGUUCCAGCUACCGUGGUUAAGCUUGAAUAUAUGCCCUUAACUGCAUCUGGAAAGACGAACCGCAAAGCCAUCAGUGAGUUUGCGUGCACACUGACAUUAGCGGCUUUGACGGGGUCAGCAAAGAAGAAGCACAAGGAGCCCACCACAAACACUGGCAGAGCACUUCGUCGCAUGUGGUCUGAUAUAUUGGACUUGGAAGAAAAUGAAAUUUCUGCCAACGAUAGUUUCUUUCAAUUAGGUGGGAACUCCAUUGAUAUCAUGAAACUCAUCAACCUUACCCGCAACGUGGGUAUUGGGCUUAAGACGGAAGAUGUUUUUACCCACCCUGUACUGGAUGAUAUGGCUGAGGUCACGUCAGAACUAAUUGAAGAACUUUUCGAGGAUAUUCCAUUCAGCCUGAUUCAUGAGGAAGUCGAGAGUCUUAUCGAAGAGGCCGCCGUGCAGUGUCAGGUUACUGAAUCGAUGAUUGAGGACCUGUACCCGUGUACCGCGAUGCAGGAGGGCUUGAUGUCCCUAUCAGAUAGCAGGGACGGCGCAUAUGUGGCCCGCCAUACGCUCUCUUUGAGUCCAGCUAUAGCUAUUGAUCUUUUCAAGCGCGCCUGUCAGGAAGUAGUGACCGCGCAUCCCGUUCUUCGGACUCGCAUCAUCUAUCCAGAACAGUCUGGUCCACUACAGGCUGUUGUCAAAGGGGACAUUGAUUGGCAGAUCGCCGAAAGCCUGGAAACCUACAUGGAAGAGGAAGAGCUGCGCACAAUGAAGGCUGGUGAGCCUCUCACUCGGUAUGGCCUUGUUCCCGAUCAGGAAGGGUGGACAUUUAUCUGGACCGUUCAUCAUGCUGUUUAUGAUGCCUGGACUCUGGAAUUGACUUUUGAUCGCCUAAACAGGGCGUAUAAGAAUCAGUCUUUCUUGCGGGAUUCCACAUUCAAGGCAUUUAUAAAUCAUAUACUCAAGACCGAUGUUGAUGCUACUCGGAGCUUCUGGCAGGAAUACCUCGCAGGUGCCACUCAGACGGAGUUCCCUCGGGCUAUUUCUACAGCCAAGCAGCCCGUAGCCGAUGCUUCACUGAAGUAUGAUAUGACCCUUACCCGUAACAACGAUAUGGCUGGAAUAACUCUCGCAUCGAUGAUCCGUGCCGCCUGGGGACUCCUGCUCGGCUCUCACUCGGAAUCAACCGAUGUAGUAUUUGGCACGAUCGUCUCUGGCCGGAAUACUCCAAUUGCAAAUGCAUCCCAACUCUUUGGACCGGGCAUUGCCGCAGUCCCGAUCCGUAUCAAAGCUCCUGAUAGUGAUACAUUGACAAUUCACGAGUUCAUCAGCGAGGUGCAGGCUCAGUCAACGGAGAUGAUCUCAUUCGAACAGACUGGUCUCCAGCACAUUAGGCGUGUGAGCGAGGAUGCUGCCGCAGCCUGUGACUUCCAGACCCUCCUUGUAGUGCAACCGUUCAAUCCAAAACACGUCUCUACAGAUGAAAUUGACCUGCGCUCUGUUUCUGAGGCCAAUGCAAACUUCGGCACUUACGCUCUCACUAUGGAAUGCAGUCUAAAGACCAACGGAGUGAUUUGUGCAGCUCACUAUGACUCCAGUCUUGUCUCCGAAGAACUUGUGCAACGCAUCUUUGGCCAACUAGAGAAUAUUCUUGAUCAAAUGUGCUCUUCCACGGCAGACAAAAAGCUCAAUGAGCUGGUUUUGAUUAGUACCCAGGACCAGCAGAGUAUCCGGAAGUGGAAUAGACAUAUUCCAAAGCCUAUCCACAAGACUAUCCAUGAGAUUAUUGGGGAACGCAUUGCCGAGCACCCUGAAAAUGAGGCAGUAUGCUCCUGGGACGGCUCUUUCUCAUAUUCCGACCUUGAAAAACACUCUAGCCGUCUCGCGCGGCGACUUUAUCAGCUGAAUAUUCAACCUGAAGAGUUUGUCCCAUGCUGCUUCGAGAAGAGUCGCUGGGCUAUUCCGGCCAUGCUGGGUGUUAUGCGUGCUGGCGGUGCAUUCCUCAACCUUGACCCUUCGCAGCCUGCCAGCCGUAUCCAGCUGAUGAUCAAGAAGCUCAGAGCGCAGAAAAUUGUCUGUUCACCUCAGCAGUAUGAUCUUUGCCGCAGCAUGGGCGACGAAUAUACCAUAGUGGUUCUAGACGAUAACACCCCUGACACAUCUCUUGCAGAGCCAGCUCCAGUCGAUGUGAAGCCAGAAAAUAGUGCCUAUGUUAUUUUUACAAGUGGUUCAACUGGAGAGCCAAAGGGUACAAUAAUUCAACACGGCCACUAUGCCAGCGGAUCUGCGACACAUGCACCAGCAAUGUUGAUCGAUGGUAACACCCGAGCCCUUCAGUUUGCCUCCUUUACUUUCGAUGCCAGUAUUGUUGAGACGCUCACCGUACUGACUGUCGGUGGAUGUAUCUGCGUCGCGUCCGAGGACCAGCGGAAACGUGAUGUUGCCGAGGCUGUUCGUGCGACAAGAGCCAACUGGGCAGCUCUCACGCCUUCGUUUGUCAAUCUUCUCAGCCCUGACGACAUUCCCACUAUCAAGGUACUGAUUUUGGCUGGAGAAGCCAUGUCUAAAUCGCAUGUUGAAAUAUGGGGACAUCGUGUGCGAUUAGUCAAUAGCUACGGGCCAUCGGAAUGCUGCGUCGCAUCAACCGCCAAUGUUGAUGUGACGCUAAGCACUAGUCCACGUAAUGUUGGAUCUACAUGCUCUGGUGUAGCGUGGAUUGUAAUGCCCACCAACCACCACCGGCUGGUACCCGUGGGUAGCGUGGGGGAGCUACUUCUGGAGGGUUGGAAUGUCGGCCGUGGCUAUCUUGAUGAGCCAGUCAAGACGAAGGCAGCCUUUGUCAAGAAUCCUCUCCUGAUGGACUUGGGUGAUCAGCUGAGACCCCCAGUCGUCUACAAGACGGGCGACUUAGUCCGUUACAAUCCCGAUGGAUCAUUAGAGUUCCAAUCCCGUAAGGAUACUCAGAUAAAGCUGCGCGGCCAACGUGUAGAAUUGGGAGAGAUUGAGUAUCAGAUUAAGCAUAGCCUGCCAAACAAGCCUGAUGCUGUCGUCGACAUCCUUUGCCCCAAGGAUGCCUCGGAUAAGCCUAGAUUGGUAGCAUUUAUUCCGGUUCCCCCUGAGGAGGCACUCGAGGAGCCAGAAUCCAUUAUUGCUCCACUCAGCAAGCGUCAUUUGGCUUCCCUCUCAGGCCUUGAAGACCGACUGGCCAAAUUCCUUCCCAUGCAUAUGAUCCCCAGUGCUUAUCUUCCCGUGUAUUAUAUCCCCAAGAUGCCAUCUGGUAAGACGAACCGCAAGGCUUUGAUCCAUAUCGGAAGCGAAUUCACGUAUCGCCAGAUGGCCGAGUACUCUGGGGUAACCGGGGAUUCGCGCCCACCCACCACCGAUACGCAGAUCACCAUGCAGCAGCUGUGGGGAGAGGUCUUGAAGAUGCCCUCUGCGCAGAUUAGCCUGAACGACAACUUCAUUCGACUAGGUGGAGACUCCAUCACUGCCAUGCGAUUGGCCUCCGCGGCGCGUGCCCGGGGUAUUCCUCUGUCCGCAGCCACCAUCUUCCAGCACCCAACAUUAGAGACCAUGAGUGCAACUGUUGAUACUUUGUCGCACAAGCAGUGGCCGCAGAGCUUUGAGCCCUUCUCCACCCUUGAAUCGAUCCCUAAGUACAAACUUCUCGAUGAGAUUGUGAUCCCUCAAGCUGGUGUAGAUGUGUCCCAGGUGCAAGAUGUCCUGGAAGCCACCGACUUCCAAAAGUUGGCAAUCACUGGAGGUCUCAACCAAACGCGUGGAUGGAGCAAUUAUCUCGUCUUUGAUUUCACCGGACCCAUUGACCUCCGCCGACUGCAGACUGCAUGUGAGCAGAUCGUGAAACAUCAUGAUAUUCUCCGCACAAUCUUUGUAUCAACGGGCUCUCAGUUGAUCCAGGUAGUGCUCCGUUCGAUCAAUCCUGAAUAUUGCCUACACACCCAGGACGAAGAAGAUCCAACCGAGUCCUUUAUACGCGAAGAUCUUGCCCGAUCACCCCAGCUAGGAGAGCCUAUAGUCCGGUUCAUGCUCAUCAAGAACAACGCUAUCCACCACCGGCUGAUUAUGCGUAUCUCACACGCACAGUACGACGGUGGUUCUAUGCCUCUCCUAAUGCAGGAUCUGCGGGCCGCUUACCGUGGUGAAAGGCUGGCCAAGCGACCACAAUUCACCGACUUUGUUCGCCUGCAACUGCUAACUAGUGAUGGUGCUCAAGCAUUCUUCACAAAAUUGCUUGGGGGUUCUAAAAUGACCUCCGUCGUCUCUCACAGCAAGGCUUCCGUCACAAACGUUCUUAAUACGAUGCUCUUAGAGAUGACAAGCCUGGUAGCAUUCAAAAACCACGGCAUUACUGCUGCUACCGUUGUCAAAGCGGCUUGGGCGCUGGUCCUAGCCGAGAUGGCAGCAACAGAUGACGUGGUUUACGGACACAUGGUAUCCGGGCGCAACCUGCCUCUUAAUGGCGUUGAAUCAAUAGUGGGACCUUGUCUGAACAUUGUCCCCGUGAGAGCCAACAUGAAGGCAAUGAAAACUAUUCUUGACCUGUUGGAUGCCAUACAACAGCAGCAGACAGACACAAUCCCGCACGAGAGCAUGGGCUUCCAGCAGAUCAUCAACGACUGCACCGAAUGGGCACCAACGACGCGCUUCAGCUCAGUCUUCCAAUACCAGGAAUUUGGCGGCGAGGAUGCUGCCCCAGGUCAAUUGGUUCCUUUCGAGAACAUCCUGAAUUGCACGCCUGGCUUUGUCUGUCCAGCUCCAGACGCCUGCGAUAUGUCCAUCCUAGCUACUCCUGCUGGUGAACAACUCCGUAUCGAAAUGAUCUUCUCUAGUCACGCUAUGUCGCGUGAGCUUGCAGAGGGAAUGCUGAAGAAUUUAGUUUCCAAGCUGGCGCUGAUCUCUCAGUCUGUCGAAGCUCCAUUGAACAUGCACGAUAUAUGCGCAAAGGAGCCACAAAUUCCGCUGGCAGAGCCGGGCAGCGAGAGUGAUGGGCUUGAUGGUGUUGUCAAGGCUGUUGUUAAUGAAAUCAAAUCACAACCUAACGGAGCGAGUAUUGUUGAUGGUGAGGAUGGUGCUCCAAUUAAUCAGAUCAACCUGUUGGCUUCGGUACGGAUCAACUAG